AACCCUCCCCAGAAACCGGAGCCGUUUCGUGAAAAUUUGACAGCAGCUAGUCGCUUAGCUGCACGGUGGAAGCAAGCAAUUAGGGUUUUCCAAUUCCUCUUCUGUAGUCAUCGAUCGCCAUGUAGUAGAGUUCUAUAUCCUCUUUCUUCCCCACCCAUCUGCGAUACCGACAGUUGCUCUGAUUAGGGUUACACGGAUCUCUCCCCUUCAAAUCCCGUUGGGGGUAUCUCUUCCCUUCGAUUAUGAGGUUACCCACCUCAGUGAAAUCCCUGUUCCAGUUAGAGGCAGCGGUGGGGAAGCCAACCAGACCUCCAUGGAUGUUUUCGUCGCUGUUUUCGUACUCAGAAACUCCUCAAAAGAAAGCAAAGGCUGCGCCUUUGCAGGAGACUAGAAUGAGGGACAGAAUGAAUCUGCAUGUCAAAGGUGGUGAUGGUGGGGGUGGGUGCUGCAGCUUCCACAGAAGCAGGGUUGUUCGCCGUGGGAGAGCCGAUGGUGGGAAUGGUGGAAGAGGUGGUGAUGUGAUCUUGGAAUGUUCCCCUGCAGUUUGGGACUUUAGUGGUUUGCAGCAUCAUGUUAAUGCAGCCAGAGGGGGUCAUGGAGCCUCCAAGAAUAUGAUAGGCACUCGAGGAGACGAUAAGGUUGUCCGAGUACCCGUUGGCACUGUGAUUCAUCUUGUUAGGGGAGGGGAAGGUGGUUUAGGUAAUGUUUCUACUUCAAAUGUUCCGAACAAUGCCAAGACUGGAAAGCCAGGGAUAUUGAAUAAGGGAAACUCUACUGAUCCUGAUGAUCACCCCUCCCUCCGAGCUGGUUCACCUGGUUCUGAAGCUGUCUGCAUACUGGAGCUCAAGAGCAUUGCAGACGUAGGCCUUGUGGGUAUGCCAAAUGCUGGUAAGAGCACUCUUCUGGGUGCUUUAUCCAGAGCGAAGCCCACAGUCGGCCACUAUGCCUUCACAACACUGCGGCCAAACUUAGGGAAAGUGAAUUUUGAAGACUUCUCAGUCACAGUGGCUGAUAUCCCUGGACUGAUAAAGGGUGCUCAUGUGAACCGUGGACUUGGCCAUUCCUUCCUACGACACAUCGAGAGAACAAAGGUGUUGGCUUAUGUGGUAGAUUUGGCCAGUGGAUUGGAUGAUGGGGAACAACUGAGAGAUUUAGUGUUGGAGCUGGAGCACCAUCAGGAAGGGUUGUCUGAUCGGCCUUCAAUAGUUGUGGCUAACAAGAUAGACGAGGCUGGGGCGGAACUAGUGUUCGAAGAAUUGAAAAGAAGGGUGCAGGGUGUUCCCAUUUACCCAGUAUGUGCUGUUCUGGAAGAAGGGUUGCCUGAGAUGAAAGCUGGUCUCAGGGUGCUGGUGGAUGGUGGAGGGAAAUCUGGGCGACUCUGCUUGGAUAAUAUUGAUUGUUCUGCUGAUAAGAUGGAGCCAGAAGCUGGAAACCUCUGUGAAGUCAGCUCGCUUUGA